AUGCAAACCAAAGCCUUGCUCGUGCUUGCCGUGUUGGCUGCGCUCCUUGCCUUCUCCGUGGUAUCGACUGCUCAAAGAACUCCAAACUUUGUGUUGGACCAAUUGAGAGGAGCUAUUAACAGAGAAAGAGGUGGUUCUUCUUUUGAUUACUUUGUAUUUUCUCUUACUUGGCCAGGAAAUGCCUGCCGUCAAUUGCAACCAUGUUAUAUCCCAUCAUCUACUUCAGAUUUUACUAUUCAUGGUUUGUGGCCUAGCCGUAACACUGGACCACAAGGUCCAUUCUUCUGCGGAGGAUCCUUUGACUAUGGUCAAAUUCAAGAUUUAGUCCCUGAUUUGAACAAGUAUUGGACUGAUUUCAAGAAUGAAGUUCCAUCAUUUUGGCAACACGAAUAUGAAAAGCACGGAACCUGUGCUGCUUCUCUCCCACGUAUGGACACUGAAUACAAGUUCUUCAAGGCUGCUCUUGAUUUAAGAAAGAGCAUGUCCGUUCUUCCAAACUUGCAAAAAGGCGGUGUCACUCCAUCUGACAGCAUGGUUUAUCAUAUUCAACAACUCAAGAGUGCCAUGAAGGCUGCUGGUUAUGGAACUCCUGCUCUUGCUUGUUAUCAUGGUGAACAAUACAUUACUGAAAUGAGAUUCUGUACUGACAAGAAUUUGAACUUUAUUGAUUGUCCAAUCCGUGAUCAAUGUCAUGAUACUGUCUUGUUGAAUCCAAUCAACCCUAACAAUGCCAAGAGAAGAAGAUAG